AUGUGCCAAGGCGAGAAAUGUAUUGUUAGGGAUGAGACUUCUACAGCUGAAACCAAUGGAGGCAUUAACAAUGAAAAUUUUAAUUUUUCUUUACAAAAUCCUUCACUUCCACCAUUUGGAAAUAUUUUUAACAAAAAAUUAUUAAAUUCUGAAGAGGUAAAAUUUGAACCUAAAAUUGCAAGUGAUUCUAUGGUGUUGAAGGGUGUACAACAAUAUGUUGGUGUAAAAAUCAUUUGUAUUAGUGCUUUGAAGAAAUUUGAAGAUAAAAGUUUGGAGGAACUUCGUCAUUUUGAUUAUUUUAUGGGAAAGAAAGUUAUUUCAACGCUUUUUCGACCUUCAAAUUUUGAACAAAAACAAAAAGUUAAUACAACUUCAAAAACGGGUGUUAAUUCUUCAAUUAAUUCUAAAACACUCCCAACUUUGUUUGCUACUUUAACGGCGCCUAGUUUGUUUGGAGGUUCGACUUAUGCAACAGAAAGUGUUCCGGGACUAGUUAAGCCGAAUUUUGGAUAUUUUAAAGACUAUAAGUCUGAGAAGAAUCCCUUUGGGAAUACUACAAGUGUUUUAGUUGGAGAAUUUAAUGCUUUUGGUUUAAAUGGUCAACAAUUUACUGUUAAAGAUGAUCAGAAGCAACAGCCUCUUCAAUCAAAUUUUGCCCCACCAAUUCUAAAUAACGUUCAACAAAUACAAAUUAAUGAAAAAAUGAUGUGUAUUAGUGCCAUGAAGAAUUUUGAGAAUAAAUGUUUGGAGGAACUUCGUUUUACUGAUUAUUCAUUUGGAAAGAAAUUAAAUUCUAAAAAUAUUUUUUAUUCUUCUUCUAAACAACAAAACAAUCCUUUCAACUUUUCUACAAAUAAUAAUACUUCACCAUUUAAUACAAAUGGAAAUGGUGGUGGGGGUACUUUUAAUUUUGUUUUCAAUAUUUCAAUUCCUUCGAAUUUUAAGUAA